UUCCGGUCGGCUCCCGCCCCGCUCCGCCAUCAUGAAGUCCUGAACAAAAAGCGAACGAGACAGGAAAAGAAAAACAGUAAUGGACCUUUUGGUGACAGAAAGAGACAAAUCAAACGCGUGACACACACGGCAUGACAAAACAUGACAAAAAAGCGACCGGUAGAAGCGGAAUAUCUCGCAGUUAUUUAAAGUGUUCAUCCGCUGUGCUUGCCAAUCAGCUGAUUGCGACAUUAUUUAUUUAAAAACGGACGGAUUCCUGUGCUGUGACCACGAUCAGUACACUAGAAUUAGAUGGGUCGCUAUUCAGAUCGGACGGUUUGUGUCAAGUGAGAAGAGGGAAGAAGAGGCCAGAUCUUCCACAGCAGGCCAGAGAGAGCGAGCUGACUCGAGCGAGCUACAGUGGAUCCCAUAAACCACGGCGCUGGCCAUGCCGUCGAUUGUGCGGGCUGGGAGUCUGAAGGACCCGGAGGUGGCAGAACUUUUUUACAAGGAGGAUCCGGAGAAACUCUUCACAGACCUGCGCGAGAUCGGCCAUGGCAGCUUUGGAGCCGUCUACUUUGCCCAUGACAUCCGCACCAAUGAGGUGGUGGCCAUCAAGAAGAUGUCUUACAGUGGCAAGCAGUCUAAUGAGAAAUGGCAGGAUAUCAUCAAAGAGGUGAAGUUCCUUCAAAAGCUGCGGCACCCCAACACUGUGGAGUAUAGAGGCUGCUACCUGCGAGAGCACACAGCAUGGCUGGUGAUGGAAUAUUGUUUGGGUUCGGCCUCAGAUCUGCUGGAAGUGCACAAGAAGCCAUUACAGGAAGUUGAGAUAGCAGCAAUUACCCAUGGUGCACUACAGGGCUUGGUAUACCUCCACUCUCACAACAUGAUUCACAGAGAUGUGAAAGCAGGUAACAUCUUACUAACUGAGCCUGGCCAGGUCAAACUUGGAGAUUUUGGUUCCGCCUCCAUUGUUGCUCCUGCCAACUCCUUUGUUGGCACACCUUACUGGAUGGCUCCAGAGGUAAUCCUCGCCAUGGAUGAAGGGCAAUACGACGGGAAGGUUGACGUGUGGUCACUCGGCAUCACCUGCAUUGAGCUUGCGGAGAGAAAGCCUCCCUUGUUUAACAUGAACGCUAUGAGUGCCUUAUACCACAUCGCCCAGAACGAGAGCCCAGUACUGCAGUCCAAUCACUGGUCGGAUUAUUUCCGUAACUUCGUAGACUCUUGUCUGCAGAAGAUUGCACAGGACAGACCUACCUCUGAUGUGCUGCUUAAACAUCACUUCCUGUGCCGCGAGCGCCCAGUGACUGUGGUGAUGGAUCUGAUAGCACGCACUAAAGAUGCCGUGAGGGAGUUAGAUAACCUGCAAUACCGAAAGAUGAAGAAGAUACUCUUCCAUGAAACACACAAUGGGCCUGCUACUGAGGGCACAGAAGAAGAAGAGGAUGUAGAGCAGUACAUGUUGCGGAUGGGAACAGUGAACAGCAUGGAGAGCUCCCAUUCACUGCCGUCCAUGUCGAUCAGUGCCAGCUCCCAGAGUUCUUCAGUAAACAGCCUGGCUGAUGGUUCGGAUGACAGUGGGGAGAUCGUUAUGAUGCAGGAGGGAGAGCAUACAGUCACCUCCAACAGCUCUGUUCUGCACAAACCUCUGAACCACGAUAACAUCUAUGAUGACCCCUACCAGCCAGAGGUAGACUCCCAGCAGCAGGGCCCGUCUGGGGGUCGCAGACGCAGAGGACGGGACCAUUUCGCCACCAUCCGCACUGCUUCUUUGGUGACCCGUCAGAUCCAGGAGCACGAGCAGGGCUCAGCACUGAGAGAGCAGAUGUCUGGGUACAAGCGCAUGAGGAGGCAGCAUCAGAAACAACUGAUGGCUCUAGAGAACAAGCUGAAGGCCGAGAUGGAUGAACAUCAGCUCAGGCUCGACAAAGAACUGGAGACGCAGAGGAAUAACUUCAGCAGUGAAGCAGAUAAGCUCAGCAAGAAGCACCAGGGCAUCCUGGAGAAAGAGACUAAGGGCACUCUUUCAGAAGAAAAGAAGUUUCAGCAGCAUAUUUUGGGCCAGCAGAAAAAGGAGUUGACCAGUCUAAUUGAGUCUCAGAAACGCCAGUAUAGACAGCGAAAAGAGCAGCUUAAAGAGGAACUGAACGAGAACCAGUCCACACCAAAGCGAGAGAAGCAAGAGUGGUUGGUUCAGCAGAAGGAGUGUCUCCAGCAGAUCCAGGCAGAGGAAGAGGCGGGUUUACUACGACGACAGAGACAGUACUACGAGCUGCAGAGCCGUCAAUACAAAAGGAAGAUGCUGUUAGCCCGCCACAAUCUGGAGCAAGACCUACUCCGAGAGGACCUGAACAAGAAACAGACUUUGAAGGACCUUGAAUGUGCCAUGUUGCUUCGACACCACGAGUCUACCCAGGAGCUGGAGUUCCGGCAGCUGGCCGUGGUGCAGCGCACACGCGCUGACCUUAUCCGGACACAGCACCAGACCGAGCUCACCAACCAGAUGGAGUACAACAAGCGGCGUGAACAAGAAUUACGGCAGAAACACGCCGUGGAAGUCCGCCAGCAGCCAAAGAGCCUGCGAGUGAGUGAUUGUGACAUUAUGGAAGUGGAGGAGACUAUUGACGGGGAGAGGUUUGUAAUUGAAGUGGUUGGGCCAAAGGAACCACUGGAGGAUGAAGGAGAAAUGAUGGAUGGAAAUGAAAGGCAGCGGGUAGGUUCUGUUGAAGAGACAGGAGAUGAAGAGGACAGAGAAGUUCUUGAAGGAAACAAAUCUUUUAGUGAUGACACUGAAGAGACAUUUACUGACCAAUGUGAAAAGAUAGACAGUAGAGAGAAAGAAGUUGUUUCAACUUCAUCUAACAAUACCAAAGAAGGAAGUUUAGAAGAACAAAACGAGGUCUUGUUAGAAAGGGAAGUUAGGUCUAGAAAUGAGGACCAGGCUGACGUAGACGAAGGAAGUGAUCCAAGACUAGUAGAAGGCCAUCAAUGGGUAGUUGACGAUGACGCCAGUGAAUCAGAAAGUGAGGAGGAGGAUAGGGGUGUAGCUGACGGUUGUCCAUCAGAACUAAUACAUGCCCCCUCGUUUGAGCGCCACCCUCGACAGCGUGAUGCAGAUGAACUCUCUGAGUUUUACUUCCCUGAUACUUUAGAGGAGCUGGAACCCCCACCCAUCCACACUCCUCCCUCCCCAUCCUCUUCCUCCAAACCUUCCUUUCCCUCCAUAUUUUCCCACGCAAUUUGUAUCGUUCUUUCACUCUCCGCUGCUGUACAGCCAUCUGUCCUCACCCUCCUUUUCCUUUCUAUCUUCCUUCUCUCCCUGCGACGUUCCCCUCCUCUUCCAUCACUCGCGUCUGUCCUGCUCUCCGGCGAGCUUGCCUUCCUUACCCUCUUCUUUUCCUACUUGUUCCUGCAGUCCUGUUGCUCACUCUCAUUUUCCAUGUACCUUUCCUUAAUCUAUUGGGGCUCAGGCCUGUUCAGUCUGGGUCUGUCAUUAAGCCUAGGACUCUAUUAUGUCCCAGUAGCCCUGGUCUCUGCGUCCUUCCUCAGCUCACCUUCCCUGUUCCUCUCCCUUUACCUCAUAGUGGUGCUGGUCGUCCGACCAGCCAGGGUUUUCCUCCAAAACACCCCGCGCAAACUCAAUCGCCUAUGGAUGCGUGUUCUCUUCCGCCUGCCAAAGCCGCUCUUCACCGUGUGCCAGUCUCUCCUGGGUGGUCUAACAGAGCGUAACCUCUAUGACAUGUUCCCCAAAGCAGGCCGCAACUGGGGCGGGCGACAGUCCAGAAUCCCUGUGCCUUUAAAGAGCCUUUCUGAAAAGUAUCAGGCCAAAAGCAAAUACUCCAUCCUGCUUUCGCGCUUCCUUCUUUUGGGCAAGCGGUUUAUCAGGCGACCACUGGGCACUCUGACAGACCUGGCUAACUCUGUGGUGCUGUGUUUAGCCAAGCACGUAUUGAGAAAACUGCCGCAGAAUUACCUGGAAAGGCUGCAGGCCUUCGGUUUGUUGCGCAGAGAGAAACCCAGCAAGCUGCCAAGACUCCUGCCUAGAGUUGUGAGGGAACACAGACGUAGGAUAAGGGAGAGAAGAGAGAAGGAGAGAAGGAAAAGGGUGUACAGGGAAGAGGGGAGGUGGGAAAAUGUUUUGAGGAGGACAGCCUCAGGGAGGAACUUGAGAGGAAAGAUAGUGCCAUGGAGAUAGAUGGAGUAAAGGGGAGGGAGGUGAUUGUGCAAAAUGAUUGUGUAUUAUCUGCCAUCUAUGUGAGCAUGCACAUUCCAUUCAUACAUCCCUUUUGUGUUUAUAUUUUAUUUUCCUCCAACUCCAACCCUUUUGGCUGAUUGAUUUUAUUAGUUUUUGUUCACAUGCACUCUUUUUGCGCCUGUUUUUACAGGGAAAUGGUCCAUAUUAAUGUACUGUUUUAAUUCAAAUCACUCAUUCACGAUCAUCAGUGAAUGUAAAGCUUUAGUCGAUAAUUUGCUUUUUGUAAAAGUUUCUGAGUUUUUAUUUUUUACUUUUGAGUUAUUUUAUCCUCAUAACAAGAGCUAUGUGUGUUAUGGUGAUUGAGGCUAUGUCUGUGCAAUCGUUUUAUUUUAUUGGGUGAAGGGAGUCUUUAAAUUUCAAAAGUGAAUUUGUGCGAUAUUGCUCAUUUCAAAAUAGCUCUCCGUGAAAAUGACCAUUUAGCCACGAUCGCAUUUAUUUGUUUAAUAGAUAAUUUACUGCACCUAUUGUGAAAGUAGAUUAUAUUACAAUGCUUUACACUACAAAUCUCCCCCCAAAGAACAAGCCUAUUUUAACCAAAAGUGCAAUAGAAGUUCCUCAGUAAUGUGGCCAUUUUAAAAGUCUUUAGAGUAUAAAAAGUUUUGGUUUCAAAAUGGAAAAUAGGCUGCAUAUUGUCACAAAAACAGUGUUUUUAUACGAUUUCAAAAGCUUCAGAACAACACAGUUUUUUAUAUUGAAAUGUGUGGAGAGAAAAAAACACCAAUAACAGUUCUCUCACUGGAAGUUUUAGAGGCGAGGCAGGACCUCAUAAAUUGCAAUGAUCUUGCAAGCAAUCAAAUGCCCUAAAUAUAUUAAGAAAAAACUGUGCCCCUAAACUGCCUCAUGUUGUGAAGUAAGCACCGAGGAAAGUUAAGCUCCUUUUAUGUUGUUGCUGAAUGUUCAGUAUAUCAUAUAAUAAACAGUUUUUUUCUCCGUGAAGUGGAUGAGCAAUCCUAAAAUCUGUUAAUCCAGCUUUGCCACUUUAGCAGUGAACUUUAUUGAAUGUUACUUUAAACAUUAAUCUUUUAAGUGAAAAUAUAAGUGAAAUAUUUACUCCAAAACUUGGGUGAACUAUUAUGAAUAUAAUAUAUGAUAUAUGCAAUUUUAUUGAGGUGUUUAGAGGACAAUAUUAAACCAGAUCCAUCUCUUUUCUUGUAGUGUAUUACUAAAUAGUUGAGUUGCUUGUGUGGCACUCAGAAAUUCAUAUACUUGAGAUAUUCUAGCCUUUAUAGCAUCCAGCAUACUCAAUAAAUGGGCAAAUGUGUUUGUAUACUGGUGUGCUAGGGCAUACAUGUAUUAUAUAUAUAUAUAUAUAUAUAUCUGUUAUUGCACUAGGGGCAAUGAUCUGAUCAUAUUUACCAUGUAAACAAGUGUUUUUGGUCAUAUCCCUAUGAAAGAAGAGGUUUAGCAUGUUUAGAUCAGCAUGUGUUAAACUUUCUAAACCUCAUAUUUAUAGAUUAGCCUUGUAUGCGUGGCACUGUUAAAUUUUAUUUAUUAGUACUCAUAUCUAAGUCUAUUGUGAGAAGCCAUUAUGACAAUCAUAACUUCAAAUAACUUAAGUUUGGACAAGAAGAAUGCAAAUUUACAACCAAAGAUUUAACCUUAGAAUGUGAUGACAACAUGAAAUUAUUGAGGUUGGUGGUUGGGAUUUAUAUAAAAAAAAUGCUCUGAAAUUUUCUAUAUUUGUAAAAAAUACAAAAUGUUUUUCAUAGAAAUCUCAAGAUUUUCAAAGGGACCAUUUGUAUAGUACAAUGGAAAGGAGACCAUCUUUUCAGACAUAAAUAUGUCCGGUAAAUUUAAUAUCUAGGCAAAAAAGAUGCACAAGGAAAGUAUUUCAGUUUUAGCAAUACAUGGUCCAGCUGUUGGCAAUUUACAAAUUUAAGUUAUCAAAUUGUGUUAUUUUUUUUUUAUUAUUGUUUACAUACUGUAUGUUGUGCUCUCGUUUGUGUUUUUUUUUUUUUUUUUUUUUACCAAAUACUAUCAGUAAUUAUUUGAAGAAUGUUUGUGGUAUUUUGUGUUGCAUUGCACCGUCUGUUUCAAGGCCAUUUUGUGUGCGUUUCAUCCUCAUUUUUUGUGUUUGUGCAUGAAUGGAUGUUUACUUAAAGUAGCAACAAAGAUUUCUG